GCCGGGCUCAUUUCCGCGUCGCCCCGGUGUCCCCAUGGCCCCCGCGGUGCCGCCGGCCGUGCUGGCCCUGCUGGCCCUGCUGGCCCCGGCGCUGGGCUGUGACCGCCCUGCCCACCGCUGGUGCAGCUCGCGGGACGUCGCUGCCGCCUGCCAGGUGGAGAGCCGCUGCCCCAGCCUCCCUCACCCCGCGGCCGCGCCCGUGGAGCUGAGCCUGUACUACGAGAGCCUGUGCCCGGCCUGCCGCGAGUUCCUGGUGCUGAAGCUCUUCCCCACCUGGCUGCUGCUGCCCGAAGAGAUGCUGAACAUCACCCUGGUGCCCUACGGCAACGCCCAGGAGAGGAACGUCAGCGGGAAGUUGGACUUCCAGUGCCAGCACGGCCCCGAGGAAUGCUUGGGCAACAUGAUGGAGGCCUGUCUGAUGCACGAGGCCAAGAACUUCAGCACCUACUUCCCCGUCAUCUUCUGCCUGGAGGCGGGCAGCUCCGUCACCAAGAACCUGGAGGCUUGCCUGCAGAUCUACGCCCCAGAGGUGGACAGCGGCCGCAUCAGCGCCUGCGUGCAGGGGGACACGGGGGUGGCCCUGAUGCACCACAACGCCCAAGUGACCGAGGCGCUGCACCCCCCGCACCAGUACGUGCCCUGGAUCACCGUCAAUGGGAAGCACACGGACGAGCUGCAGGCACAGGCAGAGGCCUCGCUGCUGGGGCUGGUUUGCCAGCUCUACCAGGGGGAGAAGCCUGAAGUCUGUGGGGGCUCCAAGGCCACGAAGAUCCCGUCUGGCUGCAGGCGCUGAGGGACGUUGUGGGAGCAGAGGCAGAGAGGUCAAUAAAAAGGAUAUUUUUAUGGAAAA